ACCUGAAGCCGACUGAAAAGAUGAAAACAAGCGUUUAAGGCGGGAGUCAUGAGGGUGGGAGCGGCGACUUCGUCCGGGGGGGUGUUUGGGCUCCUGGGGACUUUGUGUUUCUUCAUCGCCUUCGGUACCGACUACUGGCUGGUGGCCAGCGACGACUGUGGACCGUAUACAUGGCCGACGAAACGGACGCUGAGCGAAGACGCCAACGGGACCGAGACCCAGCUGGUGGAGUCGGUCUCUUCCCCUCCUCCGUCUCUCGCUCUGCUCCACGAGGGUUUCUUCUGGCGCUGUGGGUUUCAGGUGGAGCCCACGGCUCACGCCACCCUGGCCACCAUCUUCACAAACCAGCCAGAAUCCAAGGUGUGCAUCCACGGUUACCUCUUCCCUCUGCCGGUGGCACUGGGACCGGUGCCUCAUCCGAGUUAUGAUGCCACAGCAGGUAAACACGAGCAGCCUCGUCACGUCUUUACGGUCACCAUGUCAAACUGUAACUGCUCCGGCCCGUUCUGUUUUGCUCUCGCAGUGUUUCGGGGGUUCUGGACCGUGCUGGUGGUCCUCGGCCUGGUCGCCGCUCUAACCGGAGGCUUCCUGCUGGUGUGCGGCGUCCCCUUCGCCAGCCACAGGCUGCUCACGCUGGGCGGCGCCUUCCUCCUCGCCGCCGCAUGCCUGUUCCUGCUCACGCUGCUGCUCUUCGUGCUGUGGAUGGAGCUGAUGGACGUGGAGCGCUACGUCCUGCAGGAGCGGGGGGAGGCGUGUCCCCGCGCCCGGGUGUCGGCGCUCUACGGCCUGUCGUUCAUGGCGGCGGCCGCCGGCGUGCCCCUGGAGCUCGUCUCCGGGAUGGUCUUCAUGCUGGCGGGCCGCGCGCUGCGUGGCAGCAAGUGAGCGGCGCCGUGUGGCCCGCGGGGCGGAGCGAGGACUGACCUUUAGGUUGUGUUGAUGACCCAAUGCGCUGGGAUCUCAGCAGCACACGUGUGGCAUGUAAAUACCGGCCUGUGGAUGUCCAGCAGCGUUUUCCAUAAGUCACUAAUAAUGAUAUUUACUUAUAUGAUGAAGAUUGUGUGAUACGUGUGUGUGUGGUACUGGCAUUAAAGAGGAAUUCAUGAUUUAUUUA